CUACAUUGCGCGUUCACGCGGUUUCCCUUGGCCUGCCCAGUAUCCCAGCGCGCUCGCUCCCGCUUCAGGAGCUGGUUGGAAAAAGCUGCAGCGGCUGUUCACCGGAGCCACGCAGAGAGAGGAGCCGCGGGCACGGGCAGGAGCUGAGCUUCACGCACACACACGCACACUAACAGGGGGGAUUUCUUUCCUUAUUCCUGCCGAGGACGACGGUGUCAAACCCGGGGGAUUAAGCGUGGAGGUGAUCGGCUUCUGGAAAGGAACAUUGGCUGCAGCCUCGAGAUGCCCCGCGGCUUUGUCUGAAUCAGCAAGUUCUGGUGCUUUCAGGCCCAUUACACUGAACACAACAGGGGAGCUGCGUAUCCUGGCAGGUUCCUAAAGUGGGUGCUCUCUGCUUCAACUUCAACCAACUGGGACUCCAUGGCUGCCAGGGCUUGAUUCUCUGCACUGUCCAGUAUCCCCCACAUUUGAGGCUUGAAUCAUUUCCAUCCUUGUUGUUCUACGGUCAGUUCCUGUAGCCCGUAGCUUCAUGGAGGGGUUUCCUGUCCACUGACCCAGCAGGCUGCCUCACUGGACCAGCAGCCAUGUCCGCCUGCAGCACCUUCACCGAGCACGUUUGGAAACCAGGCGAGUGUAAGAACUGCUUUAAACCCAAGAGUCUGCACUGUCUGGCUCAGAGUAGUGGAGGGAAGCCUCCUCCUGAGCAGAGGUCUCCGACAGCUCAGCAGCAGAAUCCAGCUCCCGUCGGGGCUAGAGCGAACACAAAUCUUACAAUCAACUCCCAGAGGGCUGGCGGUGGGUCCGCCCGCUCGGGACACUUCCGUCCACCCGUGGCUAGGAAGCCGACCAUUGCUGUUAAGCCCACUAUGAUGCUGCCCUGCUCCUCUGCGGGACUGGAUUCAGAUGGCAACUUGCAACGACCACCAAAUGUAAUAGAACAGGGCAAAACAUCAGCCUUCACGGUCUGGAAUCGCAAUGGACUGAACUGUAAGAGGCCUGGUGGACCCAGAAACAACAACGAAGGAGAAGAUGGCAGUGAGGAGAUUGAAGGUUAUGGACAUCUUAGCCCAAGGACCCCUAGUGGAAAUAACAACAACAGUGGACUUACAGAUGUCCUAAAAGAAAUUGCUGGGUUAGGCCCUGGCCCCAGCAUCCCACCCCUUUGCGGUUCCAAAGACUUGUUUUGGGGACGAAUCAGUAGUUCAUACCGACGGUCGUUGGAAAGAGGCCUUCCAGCGUCCAGCUGUCUCGCCAUGGGAAGCAGCGGUUGUGGCGGUGGUGGCACUGCUCAAAAACGGGUUUCUCUCAGCGAUAGCUCUGAGGUCAUCAGCACAGAAGGUGGUCGCUUUUGCUACCCCGAGUUUUCCAGCGAAGAUGAUGAGGAGGAUGAGGACGAAGAGACUGAACAUGAUGAUGAGCAUGAAAGCUGGGAUGAAAGUGAUGAAGAGUUACUAGCCAUGGAGAUCCGUAUGCGAGGCCAACCACGAUUUUCAAAUUUCCGUGCUGCCACAAUGUCUCCGGUUCCCUUUGCUGCAGGGAAAAAGUGGAAUACCGUGCCACUACGCAACCGCUCACUACAGCGGAUUUGUGCAGUGGACUAUGACGAUAGCUAUGAUGAGAUCUUGAACGGAUACCCCUCCAUGGACUCCAAUGGAGUUCUUCUUCCUUAUGGGCACCAUGACAUGCAAGGCAGUGGUUUCCUAUCGAAUUCAGAAUCUACCACUUCUCCGGAAUCCUCGUCGUCACUACCAGAAGAUUCUCGAACAACUUCGAGCAGUGGGAGCGGGCCCCCCUGUGCUUUUCGCAAUGGCUUGCAUUCUCCCACAGCUUCUAAGGCACCUGUCGUCUGCACUUCUAGCCCCAGAAAGGAGCCCGUCCACAGGGCACUGAGUCCCCUCAAGGUGACUGAAACACACAAGGCUGUUCUGGCCAUUAGAUUAGAAGAUCAAGAUGGCAAAGAAGGCACGCCAAUGCCCCAGGCCCUUCCAGGUCAACCCGUCACAAUCAGUUUUAGUCCCACGGAGGAGCAGGCUAAACCGUACCGUAUAGUGAAUUUGGAAAAAUCACUAAUCUGUAAGCCUUACACUGUGGUGGACGUGUCGGCAUCCAUGGCCAACAAAGACGGACAGACUCUAGACUCUACUACAAAACCCAAAAACCCGUCAAUGCCUUCCAGCCCAACAUCAUUCUGUAGCACACCUUUAGGUCAUCCCCUGUCUCCAACCUCACCUCUGUCUCCUUUAUCUCCUGCAAUGCCAACAUCACCCACAUCUGUAGCAAUGCCAGGUCCCCCCCGUAGGAAAUCAGGGAACAUACGCUACCAAGAAGUGUGGACAUCAAGCACAAGUCCUCGCCAAAAGAUACCUAAAGUGGAUCUAGGGGUUGGGAGUAAUCCUUGCCCGUCCAUCCCUACUCAGCACUGCAGCCACAAGUCAGCUCCCACUUCUCCCAUUUCUGGGCUUUCUUCCUCCCGAACUGUCCCCGUCAAAUCUUCCAACUUAUCAGAGAUCAAGUUUAACAGUUUCAACAAUGCAGGCAUGCCUCCUUUUCCCAUUAUAAUUCGAGAUGAACCAGCCUAUGCCCGCAGCUCCAAGAAUGCUGUUAAGGUACCUAUUGUUAUCAAUCCAAGUGCAUACGACAACCUGGCUGUGUACAAGAGCUUCUUGGGACUCAGUGGGGAACUGCCCCAGCAAAAAGGGGUAGGUAGUAGGGUAACAAGCCAUACUUAUGAAGAGAUUGGGUCCUCUGAGAGUGUCCAGUCGUCCACAACUGAGAAAACCAUCUCUGGUAGAGGCACAUCAGAAAGAGCCUCUUUUGAAGAGACAAAAGCUCCAACUGAGGCAGCGUCAAAGGCACCAAAUUUACAACCUAAAACCACUACAGACUCUAGUGCUGUGACAAACACUGUGACGAGCUCCGCUGUUGGAGCCCACUCUCCCUCUACAUCAACAAAUUCCCCUGCCGUUCUUGCCAUUACUGCAAACCUACCUAAAACCAGCACUACUGCCAAUGCUGUUGCACACACUUGCAAGACAAGUGAAGACGCUAAAUGCAGUAAAGAUGACAACACAGACUUAGCUUUGUCUUCUGGGACAGUGGCAAGCCAUAGGGAGGAGGCCAGUGCUGUGCUUUUACAAAUUGUUGCCUCCAUCCAGCCUCCACAGUCUCCUCCAGAGUCGCCCUCAAUACAAUCCAAUAACUGUAGUUCUGAGGAGCUUUACGCCCUCCCACCUGAUGCCAUGAAGGAGACCCUCACCCGACCCAAGUCUCUCUUUUCCGCAACUGAUGGCUGUCUUUCCAAACCCAAGAAAGACACGCCCUCCAAAAAUUUGUCUAAAUCCCAGAGUGCCUCCGCUGCUGUCCCACUCUCCAGCCCCAGGUCAGAGCCCAAUGCCCCCUUCCCCCCUCCUCGAUCUACAUCUUCCCCUUACCACGCUUCUAACAUCCUCCAGAGACAUUUUGGCAACUGGACCAAGAGCUCUGCCUCCAGUUCUCCUGUACGACCAAGCGAAGGUGAAGCAAGUCCAGGUGGAGAGACUAGACGUAUUGCAACAGAAAGCUCCAAACCCAAGCGCUGGAUCUCCUUCAAGAGCUUUUUUCGCCGGCGGAAAGACGAGGAUGAGCAGAGAGAGAGGGUGGAGAGGGAGAAGGACAAAGGCAAGCUCGUUGGUAUUGACGGAACGGUCAUUCACAUGCUUCCACCACCACCCAUCCAACAGCAUCAUUGGUUCACCGAGGCCAAGCCAGAGGAUCCCACACAGAAACCAACCAUCAUCUUCACCUACAAACCAGAAAGUGGCAGCACCCCUGAUGACGGAGAAGGAGAACUAAGAGUAGAGGAGUGCAGGGAAAAUGCACUGCUGACACCAGAUGAGAGCAAGAAAUCUGGACCUCUGAGCCCGGGGCGAACAUCACCUUCACUCACCGCUGGAUGUGAGCUCACCAGCAAGGAUAUCAGCCAGGUACCGGUGGUCAGUGCCAGCAAUGCCAGGGAUCGGGAGCUGCCCGGUGUCGCCUCCCUGCCUGCCAAAGUGAAUCUGGGGCUGUUGCUUGGGGAGGUGGAGGCGGGCCACGCCAGCCAGGUUGCCACACCAGCCUCAGCCAGCGAGGGCAGCGCCAGCCUCGGAGAGCCGGAGGAGGACGGGAAUCACUCCCAUCACUCCCACUCUCCCGCCUCCAGCCACUGCAGCGCCACGUACUCCAACCUGGGUCAGUCCAGAGCCAACAUGAUCCCACUGAAACAGCCGCGAAACAUCAAAGCAUCCAACGAUACCUUGGCCUCCAUCGACCUGGACGGCUUUUCAGACCAGCCGGCCCUCAAAGCCACACCGCCGCCGCUACCCAAGAAAUCUGUACCUCGCUCCAGCACCGAACCCAGCCUGGCCGCCAAAGAGUCGGUCCAGGGAGGCCUGAGAGCUCGGGCCGAGGCCAGACCCGGGGGCACCAACCUGAGUGUGGCCAACCCGAUCUACGACUUGGACUCCACCUGGGAGACGGCGAGUCAGAGCUCCUCCCUCAGCUCCGAGCCUCAUCGGGUCCACGACCACGAGAGCGGUGACUCCCUGGAGAGGCCGACAGCUGCCACGGCAACCAACAAGGGCCGCCCGGCUAACAGCGCGUCCUCCCUGGUUCCUCCACCUCAAUCCGCUGCAGCCACGACUGGCAGGGAGAGGAGGGCCUACCCGAGUUCAGAGUCUCUGGCUGGAAGGGGGUGGACACCCGGCCGGGGUGCUGCUGCUGCUGCUGCUGGAGGCUCCAAACCCCAGAGGCCUGCUCUCUACAGGGGGUUGGACAGCUGGGACGAGGUGGUGGGGAGGAUCCGCGGGCUCCACACGGACACGCUGCGGAAACUGGCAACAAAGUGCGAGGACCGCUUCAUGGCUGGUCAGAAGGAUCACUUGAGGUUCGGCACUGACAGCUGGUCCCACUUCAGGCUGACCACUGGGAAACCCUGCUGUGAGGCGGGCGAUGCUGUCUACUACACGGCCUCCUACGCCAAGGACCCACUGGUCAACUACGCCAUCAAGAUCUGUCGGAGCAAAGUGAAGGAGACCCAGCAGCAGUUUUUCCACAGCCUGGCGGUGAGACAGAGUCUGGCCGUGCACUUCAAUAUCCAGCAGGACUGUGGACACUUCCUGGCCGACGUCCCUGCCCGCCUGCUGCCCUGGGAGGAGGAAGAAGGCGAGGAGGAAGAGGAGGAGGCGAAUGAGGAGGAAGAUGUAGAUGGGCUGAAGGAGAAAGAGAAAGAGAUUAAGACUGAAACCAAGGAGACGGACUCCAAAGCACCAAAUGGUAAAGUGGAUGAAACCCCAUCAGCAGGUCACAUGAACACGGUCGGUCGCUUGAGGAGCCGGGUGGUGGUCAACCGGGAGGUGCCCUUCCAGACGGUGGCCGACUUCGUCCGAGAAGGCGUGGCGCGACACACUCAUAACCCGGAGCUGUACGAGCGGCAGGUGUGUCUCCUGCUGCUGCAGCUGUGCUCCGGCCUGGAGCACAUGAAACCGUAUCACGUGACCCACUGCGACCUGCGACUGGAAAACCUGCUGCUGGUCCACUGCCAACCUGGCAACCCCUGGAAUCUGGACAUUCUUGAGCCCAACAACAACAGCAGCAGCAGCAGCAGCAGCAGCAGCAGCGGCGGUUCUGGUGCCACCUCUGCCGGCGCCGCCACUGCUGCCGCCAACGCCACCUGCCCCGCCCGGCUCAUCAUCAGCAACUUCUCACAAGCCAAACAGAAGAGCGCCCUCAUGGCCGCCGACCCCGGUACGCUGCGGGACCAGUCCCGCCUGGCCCCCGAGAUCGUCACAGCGACUCAGUACCGCAAGUGUGACGAGUUCCAGACGGGGAUUCUCAUCUACGAGAUGCUGCACCGCCCCAACCCCUUCGAGGAGACGCCCGAGCUGAAGGAGCGGGAGUACACCUGGGCCGACCUGCCGGCGCUGCCCGUCAGGUCGCUGUACUCACAUGGUCUGCAGCAGCUGGCCAGGCUUCUGCUCACCGUCAACCCCUCGGAACGGAUCCGCAUGUCCGAGGCCCGGGCCUGCCUGCAGUGCCUGCUCUGGGGCCCUCGGGAGGACCUGUUCCAGGCGCUGGGCUGCAGCAGCACGGGGCCCAUGUCAGGGGCCACGUCCAGCCAGCGGGAGGCCACCCUCCAGAACUGGCUGGACCUGAAGCGGACGCUGAUGAUGAUCAAGUUCGCCGAGCGCUCUCUGGACGCGGCCUGCGGCGUGAGCCUGGAGGACUGGCUGUGCUGCCAGUAUCUGGCGUUCGCCACCACGGACACCCUGAGCCGGGUGGUGCACAUCCUGCAGCAGCCGCAGCCGCACCACCCGCCGCCCCAGAACCAGAGCCAGCCGGCGCACGCAGCACCGAGCCAAACUCAAACGCACCAGACACACGCCCUCCACCUGACUCAGUCACAGCCGCUCUGAGUUCCCUCCGGCCAGCUGUUACUAUGGCAACAGAUCCAACUUCCCCCCCCUGUGCGGUCCCCCUCUGCUGACGCUAAUGUGUGAUGUAAGCUAAUAGUCAGCUUUGUUGUUGCAGCAGCCGCAGGGCUUCACCUAAAAAAACUAAACAGCUGGUUGUGCAAAUGUCGGUGUUUUCUUCACGAACAAGGCGAUCCAUAGACUGAGAGGCUGAGUUCCCAUCAAAGAGACUAGGAUUCAGGAUCAGGGCUAUUAUUAGCAGUCAUUAGCAACUACAGGGUGCUUAAGUGUCCAGCAAAUGAAGUGACAGAUCAGCCCAAGACUAACUGAAACAUUACAGCAAGUUGAAGUCACUUUUGUCUCAUGGCAGUGACUCUGCAGACAUCUCUUCAUUGUUCAUUUCAUCUGUUUCUACAGCUGGUCACAUCUCAUGUUUGCUUAAACACUCCACCAGUUCUAGAUUGAAGAGAUUUACCAAAUGUGAGAGGGUUUUAACAUUUUCAUGGUUAUUUUUCAACAGAUAAGAUAUAGUUUGCAUCGUGGCUGUCUCCAGGAUUCAUUUUAAGGCACUGUCAAAUGGAAUAAUUCUUUUUUUAGUGUUACACAUCAAUAUUCUAUGGAAAAGUUAGAUUCCCUCAAAGUCCUCAGUUUCUGGAGAGAAAAACUUGAAAAGGAAACUUUAGGAAAGAAAUUGAGAUUUAACUCCGAGAGUUGUUUUUGAAGCAAAAGUUAAUUCGUCAAAAGAGACGGAUUUGAAAGAUGUAAAGAUAAAGGGAGAUGAUUUGAAUGACGGGAAUGGGGGGGGGGGAAAAAAAGUUUAAAAGUACAUUUUUAUCCAUUGAUGGAUUUGUCCUUCAAAUUCAAAAUCUAUUCAUUUUUUUUUAUUUCAGACUGAUGCAAGAAGUGAAAUACGUUUGACCACUGAAGCCAAAGAAAUCUGCCACAAAUUGUCCACUUAGGCAGCUAGAGAUACUUUUUUUACCAGAAAUGUGUAUUAUAGUUUAUAACAAAAUGCCGUCACAUGAUUACAUGGUUACAGUAACUAGAUGUGUUGUUACUCCCAAAGCUCGCACAGCUGAGACUCAGUUCACAUCUAUGAAAUAUCACUCUUUACGGUUAGAAAUUCAAAAGUCAGUCCGGAGUCGAGUUCACCCUUAAAAUCUGUUGUUUCAUAACAAACUUUACAUUUCUGCACGGGGCUUUGAACGAGGUAGGUGAUGAACACUGAGCUAAUUUUGGCUUUUGCAGUUUUCAGAGGCUUUAGAUGCCUUUUGAAGUUAAAAUGGGACACGACUGCCCUGGCUGUUGGUUUGGUUUCUUGUGGGAGUAUGUGCAAUUAAUAUCGUUGUUUGUUCUAUCCUUCGGAGGUAGCAGCGUAAGUGUUAUGCAGUCUCUACUAAUCCUCUCUUCCAUUAGUUUUGUGGCACAUAAACUGAUUUGUUUCAGUUCCAUUCUGCAAAUUAAGAAAAAAAACAGAGAACUUCUCACAGUGGAUGGGAGACGGGGAUGAUUUCAGGGAACUGCAAAAAAAAAAGUUCGGAAAAGUUGUUUCGGAAACGGUUCUGCGUUUCACGGAUGACAUUUGCACAUUCAGUCUGAACGUUGGCUCUCCUCGACGGAGGCCGAGGACACGAUGACGCAGGAGAGACUUGACGUUUUCCAGCUGGAUUUUUGGUUUGUUUUGCAGCGUGUGGAAUGUAAAGAGUUUGCCUGGACUGAAACAGACAUUUGGACCCGGUCUCAUGCGCUCCGGAGACACACUCAUCAUCCGACUGAACCACUUCGUUUCACACAUGAACUCUUCUGUAAAACGGCCUCCAAGAGAAACUCAACCACUGAGACUUGCUCCCAUUCCUCCUGCUUUGUUUUCCCGUCCGCUUUUGUUGUUAUCCGGCCAAUAGGACGACAGGUCCCGCAUCGACGCUUCCCUGCUUGUCACUCGACUGAUUCAUCCUGCUUUAAUUAAACGAGCUCUGUGUUAUUGAUCUGGAUCUUUUCAGCCUGGAGUCAGUGUCACAUGUACACAAGCUUCUGCUUCCUCGUUAAAAACAAUAAGAAACUGUUGACAUUUCUUUUAAUACACGUGGGUUUAUUUGUUGUAAUGAUGAAAAUCAUCUUUUCUCAAAACUUAACAGAACUCUGUUUAUUCUGCUAAAAAUGUCCCCUUGAUCUGCCUCAAGGAGGACGAUGCUUUCAAACUAACUAACUCUACAAAAAAAAAGGCUCUGCGUUCUCAAGUUUACCUUAUAUCUGCUCUGGUUUAAUGCAACAGUUCAUCUUAUCACUUGUGUGUGUGUUGGGGGGGGGGGUACUUUUGGGAUCAGGAUACUGUGAUCCUUUUACUGCAGACGUACAGUACAACACUUUAUGGUCCAUGGAGCGGGAAAAAAAAGAGACAAAGCAGGUGUGAGAUUGUUGAUGCGUUAAAGGGUUUGUGUGCUAAGGAAUGUGUGUGGACAGCACUGGUGGCUGUCCUUGAAUCUGGAGAUUCAAGCCUUUAUAUAGUAUAUAUAGUAUAAAUAUAUAUAACCUUUAUCUAUUUUAAUCCACACACUAUUUUGUCGAGUACGGAGCACCUCUAUUUCUGUCUUUUAGAGAGUCUAAAUAUCAUUUAUCCAUUUUAAAAGCUUUACUUGACGUUCUUCAGCCUCGUUGGGGGAAGACAAAGUGGGGAGUAGUUAUCACUGUCCUGAUAAAAGGAUACAAGAAAAAUAACGUGGUUUAGGAGAAUUGAUAUACAGAACAAUGUACAGUAUUUUUACCCCUCUUGUAAAGUUAUCUGCCUAGGAGAUGAACCACUUUGAACAGAGGCUGAAAGAUGAGUUUUGAACGCACCAUUAAAACACAACAUUCAUCAACUGUGCGGCCUACAGCGGAAUACUCUGUUUGUUUUUCUCUCUCUUUGCAUUGUUAAUUGCCACUGAACAGAAAAACAGAAGCUCUCUAUGGCUUUCUAUUAAUAUGUGUACAGUUUGUCUCCUGGCCUGCCACCAUUUAUUGUUGAUCAAGUUAACCAACAGUAA